GCACGCGGAAUCAGUACCACACAGGCAUAGGCAUUAAGUAUCCAGUUUUUCAUGGAAAAUGAACUGUGCUACCUGCAAAUCGCAAAUCUUCCUGUGCAUUGGCUGCUUUAUGGUGCUAGUAAAUACGCCGUCUGUAUUAAGCGACAAAUCCAGCUGUCAAUAUGAUGUCUUCAAGCCGCUGAAGGCGACCUGUGCAAACGAUGUAGCACCAAGUAUAACAGUAAGCACUGUGCGCGCAGAACAAAAGGAAUUGAAUAUAACACCCGUUCAUAGUGUAAAUAUUCCUUUUAAGACAGCCACCUUUGGCAUGGGAUGCUUCUGGGGUGCUGAGUCGCUGUUCGGUGGUACUAAGGGCAUUUUGCGCACCACUGUCGGCUAUGAGGGCGGCUCCAAGGAUUCACCAACGUACCGUAGCCUUGGUAACCACACUGAAGUCCUGGAAAUUGACUACGACCCCAAUGCCAUUUCGUUCAAACAACUGUUGGACCUCUUCUGGAACAAUCACGAAUACGGCCUUACCAAUCCAAUCAAACGCCAGUACAUGUCAUUGAUCUUGUACCAUGAUGAUGAGCAGAAGAAGAUCGCCGAGGAGUCAAUAGUUGAAGAGCAAAAGAAGCGUGUACCUGAGAAAAUUAUUACAGAGAUUUUGCCCAAAAGCAAAUUCUACCCGGCUGAAGACUAUCAUCAGAAGUACCGUCUGCAGGGUCACAAGGAUCUAGCGGAAACUCUGAAUCUCGAUGCUAACCUGCUGCGUACCUCAUUUAUCGCUACUAAAUUGAAUGGUUAUCUGGCUGGUGUGGGCGGCGUCAAGCAGUUCAAAGAGGAACUCGACACUUUAGGUCUAACACCAUCACAGAAGGAAUAUUGUUUGUAUCAUGUGGAGCAGAGUGAAGGAACGGGCCUGUACUGCUGACCAGUUGGCCUAUCGUCAUGUAGCUAUCGGCGCCGACUCGGGCCGUUGAUCGACGUGAAAAAAGCAGAAAUAUACUUCUACAUGAAUUUACUGCUAUUUAUUUGUUCGAAAUUCUUUUGGCUAGACAGUUCUUAUCUCAGUGAAGCAGUUCGCUAUGUUUUGCUUAAGUAGUUAGUAGGUAGAUGCAGACACUAUGUGCAUACAUCUGUAAGCCUUAUGUAUUAUUAUUAUUACAUUAUUAAGCAUGCAGUGUGAAAUUAGGGAUUUUGCUGUAAAAUUUUAAGUGAGUGUGAUAGAAAUGUUUAAAAAUAUGUGUGCUACU